CAUAGUAUACAAAACGCGGCAAAUUUUAAUGGAAAUGGAGAUUUGCUCACAGCAACAAGCCUGUACCGUGUUCUUUGAUUUAGAAACAACUGGCCUGGGUCCCUCAUGUGAUAUCGUCCAGCUGGCUGCAGUUUGUGGAGAUCACACCUUAAAUCUCUUCAUGGUCCCUCGUUGUCCCAUUCAACCCGGGGCGUCCAGAGUUACGGGUUUCAGGGUGAGAAAACACCGCCUGUUUCUCCAAAGCAGACCGGUGCUCACCAACUCCCUCCGAGAAUCCCUGGUUUCCUUCAUAACUUUCCUUCGGAUGCUGGGAUGUCCUCUGCUAGUGGGUCACAACAUCCGCCGGUUCGACUGUCACGUGUUGGCCAGAGCUCUGGAUGAGUUUAAUCUGAGGUCAGAUUUCCAGAAAGUGAUUUCGGGAUUCGUGGAUACUCUUCCUCUGGCCCGACAGCUACUUAAAGACAGCGGACUUCAGAGCUUCAAGCAGGAGAACCUGGUGAAGAACCUGCUGGGAGUUUCUUAUGCUGCACACAAUGCGUUAGAAGAUGUGCAAGCUCUGCAGAAGCUCUACCGGGCCAUGAGACCCACAGCCAAUCAGAUUGAGCAGCACACUUUUACUUUGGAUUCAUUGGCUGUUGCAGCUGUCAAUAAAGCAGCAGGUGGAUCAUCAGGAGAGGGCAGUUUAUCUGACCGCUUUAAAACUGCACUGAACAUCACAGAGGAAUAGAAACCAGAGGAACAUUUGGACUAAAGAUUCACAAAACCACCUUCAGUCUACAAUGUAGGAUUUAGGUGGUCUCAGAUCAGUAAUAUUUUAUAAAAACACUAUCUACUGCAUAUAUUUAUACUUGUAUAGGCUUCAAGAGGUGAAGUAAGAUUGUUAAUAUGAAACAUUUUGUCUGAAUUUAAAUAUUUGUAUAU